CGCUAUCAAGAGGCGACGAAGGCAAUGGACGAUGGUUCACUCCGAGGGAGAAGUUCUGUAGUUACUUACUAAUCAUAUAGCCGUAAUAAAUCAGCGCACAUACCAACAUCUUUAGUUUUGUAAUCCCCAGCAUCGUUGGAGAUACUUUAACUACACAAUGGCGCUUAAGUCGGGAGAAGAGCGCCUGAAGGAGAUGGAGGCGGAAAUGGCGCUGUUCGAACAGGAGGUGCUGGGAGGCCCAGUAGCUGUGACUCCAGGAGGUCCCACAGUUGAUGGUGUGCCUAUGGCCCUCACUGUGCCAAUGAUCAGAUCCAUCAUUGGUACCAACACUUACCAACAGGUACAGCAGACCUUGGACGCACGGGCGGCCACUCUAGGACCACCCCCUGCCUUUGUUGGUCCAGUGCCUCCAGUCAGACCUCCUCCUCCUAUGAUGCGCCCAGCUUUUGUUCCACACAUCCUGCAGAGACCAGUAGGUCACAGAAUGCCUAUGAUGCGUGGUCCUCCACCUCAAGGCAUGAUGGCCCCCCCUCUGCCACGCCCCCCUCCUCCACCCCCCAUGAUGUUGGCUCCUCCCAUGUCGGGUCCCCCUCAGCACUCCAUGGGUCCGAUCGGGCCUCCGAUGGAACCAAUGAACUCCAUGCCUCAUCAGGGGUUCCCUCGUAUUUCCCAGCAGGUCGGGGGAAUGGGUUCCAUGGGGUCGCCAUCUCCGCGGCCAGUGCCCCAGCCGCCUCCCAAAGCAACUCCCAGUGUGAUCCAGGCAGCCCCCACUGUCUACACCGCACCCCCCGCACCCAAGCGGCCAGACCUCCGAGCUCAACGGCAGAAGCGCAUGGAGGAGCUGGCUGCGUUGGUUGCGGAGCAGCAGGCGGCUGCAGUGGCUGCAGGGCUGCUGGAGGCUAAGAAGGAGGCCGCCGCCGCGGACGAGAGCGUCAUCGGGCCGAGCAUGCCAGAGCCAGAGCCUGUCCAUACAGAGCCAGCAGAUGGGAACGCAGAGGAUAAGAAGAAGGGGAGGCAGGAGAAGGUGAAGAAAUGUAUUCGAACAGCCGCAGGCACCUCCUGGGAAGAUCAGAGUCUACUAGAAUGGGAGUCAGAUGACUUCCGGAUCUUCUGUGGUGACCUUGGUAACGAGGUGAACGAUGACAUCCUGGCACGAGCCUUCAGCCGCUACCCGUCCUUCCUGAAGGCCAAAGUGGUGCGGGACAAGCGCACAGGCAAAACAAAGGGUUACGGCUUCGUCAGCUUCAAGGACCCCAAUGACUAUGUGCGCGCCAUGAGGGAGAUGAACGGAAAGUACGUGGGUAGCAGACCCAUCAAGCUACGCAAGAGCAUGUGGAAAGACCGGAACAUGGAAGUGGUGCGGAAAAAACAGAAGGAGAAGAAAAAACUUGGACUCCGAUGAAGACAUUAGAUCUUAUUUGUGUGUGUGUGUUGUGUGUGUGUUUGUCUCUGUGCGUGAGGGUGUAUAUGCAGGGCACCAUCACCUUCAAAGAAGAUGUGUGCUUGGCAAGAACCUUUUCCCACGUGGACAGUAAAUGUAUGGGGUGGAACACCUCUGCACUCUGCCUUGCAGGAUGGUGGAUCAGUGCUGAAGCACUGCUUGGAAGACUGGGGCCAUGGCUGCCCCUUUUUAUGUUUUUUUUAAACUCGUCCUACUUUGUGAAUAGUCAGUAUCCUGUAGAAUGCCCUCAUUGUUAGAAGAACCAUAUUGUUUGUUUGAGGGUUAGAUUGUUUUUUUUAUUUUUAUUAUUACUUCAUAGGAGACCUACAGUUGGAAUUUUGUGAGCUUCAUUUCUGGAUGACAGCACUGAUGGGUUCCUUUUUUUUAAAUGCCAUCUUAAGAAUCGUUUUCAAAGCCGUUGUUCAGGAGGUGGUAAUGUGGUUUGGGUGUCUCCUUGGUACAGAUCUACUGCUGAUAUAAACAGAUGUGUGGUUGUGACCAAUGGCAAGGACUAUCUGGAAGUAUAAAUGUACCAUGAGAGGGACUGAUAGGGUAACAUCACAGAUGACAUAUUCACCUACAAUUGCAUGAGGUGAUGACAUUUCAGGUUUACAGAAGCAGGAUGUUGGUCCACAGUGUAAUAUUGGUGCCAUGCAAAGUUUCAAUAAAACCUUGACUGGAUUACAA